AUGGAUCCACCUAGGAAACGCCAGAAAGUCUCCUUUGCAUGUCAAAGAUGUCGCCAACGCAAGCUCGGCUGUGAUCAACAACGUCCUUGCCAGCUAUGUGUGCGAGCCGGUGCAGCUUGCAUAUCACGUGGAGGUGCAGUUUCUGGACAGGCAGAGUCUGCCCAGGAAGCUCGAGAUUCUAUCGGAAGGCGCCACAGUGACAUCCGCCGUGAUUAUCUUGAGGCCGCCAUGCUCCCGGAGUCCAACAUCGUGGAUUUGAGUUGUCAGAUGCUUGGAGAUCAAGAAAAACGCCGCGGUUUGGCUCACGACACUUCAGCUCUGCCAGGAGGUAUAAGCUCGACAGUUUCUGUCGCUACACGGUCGGUUCCAUGGCGCGAUUUAACAGGAGUGCCUUUACCACCGAAGACGGUGCUCGAUAGGUUCAUGACUGAUUUCUUUAAUUCUGUGGAUUGGUUUAUAAUGGUCUUUUACGAGGAAGGCUUCCGGCAGCGGUACGAAAGUUUGAUGGCCUCCACUCUUGUUCCAGAGGGAGAGAACAGUAAUUUCCUUUGGCUUGUCCUGUUGGUCCUUGGCCUGGGUGCCCACUAUGGGUCCUUGAAUGCUCUGGAUGCGGAUGGUGAAAGCCUCAAACAGCUUUCUGGGGAUCUCCUUAUGCAGAUUGAGCAAAGGCUUUUGGCUAUCAUUGAUUUGCCGAAUCUAGAGACAGUACAGAUAUGCGUGUUGCUGGGCAGCUUUCAUCUUUUCAAUGGCCGCCCCACUGCCGGCCUAGUAACCUUGGCGGGUGGACUCAAAAUCGCCCAAGUUAUUGGGCUUCAUCACGAGUCAAAGUGGCGUGGGCUUUCUGACGUGUCACGCGAGUCUCGACGGCGCUCGUGGUGGGCAUUGCAAGUUGCAGAUAAGCAUGUAUCUUGGACCCUCAUCAGCAAUGCCAUGGCUAACUACAGUGGUACCUACAGAUACGCGGCUGUUUCCUUCGGAAGGCCAUGCACAGUGGAUGAUUUUAACUGCGACGUUGCGUCUGUUAGUGAUAUUGAAACAAAUAGCCAUCCAACAAGUCGACAAGGGCCAUUGUUAGAAUACCACCAAUGGAAGUUCAAGCUUUACCGCAUCAUGGGACCGUUUCUGGGCCGAAGGCUCCCGAAUAGCCAGCUGGAAAGCCUCAGUGCCAUUCAUGCUCAACUUUCCUCCUGGAAGAGCCAGCUACCUGACAAACUACGGCUGGAGACAUACAAUGAUAAUCCUAACGGCGAAUCACGAAUCCUUGAAAUGCAGGCACUAGCUCUCCAACUGACCUACGAUAAUCUCCAGAUCAUCCUCCACCGUAGCGCGGCGUUUGGUGUCCACAAACGUGGAUCUCAUUCAAAUGAAGGUGCGAGCCCGGAAAACUCCUUCUCCCAACAGCAACUUCUGGAGUCCGCAUUAAGAACCUCCCAGCUGCAUCAGCAUGCCCAGCUUUUACAAGCAUGCCGCAAGACACACGCUGUGAUGCACAUUGGGAUCUGCCUCUUCACAUCCGGUGUCGUCCUCUGUGCGAUCGCACUAGCGCAGCCCCUGUCGAUAGCCAGCCAGAGGGCAAAAGAAGGCGUCAUGCGCAUCCUACGCUUGCAGGAUGACAGUAUAUCCUCCCGGCAUCUUCUUUCCAUUCAGAGUGUCCAGAUCCUGCGGGAUUUAGUGACAGUCGUUAUGCGCUCCGAGGAAAGGGCUAUAUUGGGCUACUCUUCCAUGCCAGUAGGUAUACCUGAGAGAUCUGAUGAUGGCCGGUCAAUAUCAGUAUUACCGCAGGCGGAUUCCACCAUCCCCGAUCAGGCCUUGCUCGACAAUGCCGGCGCAUCCCAGUCUUUCUCAAAUCCGGGACCUCUCAAUCCUCUGCAACAAGUCUUCAGGCAACAUAUAAACCAAUCUCUCCCCGAAAUUGACCCCUCUGGCUUGAUCGACCCCAACAGUACCCAAGGAUCGGUGGAAAUGCAGCAUCCAACCUCAUCAGCAAUGUUUUCAUGGGAUGGGAAUGUAUCCGCCCUAGUCGAUGCUGGCCUUGUGGAUGCAAGCCAGAUGUGGCUGUGGUCAGAUAAUCUGGAGUAUCAAUCGUUCUCAGAACUCAGUAGCAUAUUCCCUUGA